UCAAAGGUUAUCAAAAUGAAAAGGGUCAUAUACCGGACUGUUUGUAUAAAACCACAAGAUAGACCCAUCGAGACUCAUUUUACACAAGCCUUUCUUAUUCUGUGUACGUUGACGAAACUGUCGAGCAUGUUAUUUUGCAGCAUUGUGUUGACAAUACUAGCGUCUGGUCUUGCGAGUCAAGAAACACACCGGUUUAUUCAUAUUGGGCAAGAUGGAAAAGAAGUUUCACAAGACAUUAUACAUGACAAAGAUGAAAACACCGUUAUGGUUAUCAUUGGUGAUGUUUCCAUGUACAACGGAUACAUUCCAACAGUGAAUCUACAUGAUUUCAACACGCGGUACGUGGCCUUUAAAGACAUCCGUAACAAGAUAUGUAUGGUUUCAGAGACUCCGUAUCCAAAUGCCAUGCCAGAACUGUACAGAUCGGGAGUUACAAAUAUAACGGUGGAGUACCAAGCCAAGGAUGAUCCAAAUCCUCUUAGUUAUACAGAAGUGAAACUUGUAGCAGGAACGAAAAUCGCUGACUUUUGUAAAGACUACAACACUGUAUUGCGAGAACUCAUACCUAUGAAGCAGAUCCAGAAGAGAGAUGAUGUCAAGGCCGGAAAUUUUACUUUUGCGGCUGUUUCAGAUGAAGUAAAUGCAAGUCCUUGUGUGGUAUGUCUGUGGUGCGUCGUUCACAAUGAUCCUGAAAAUGUUGUCGGAUGAUUCAGUAAAGAUAUGUAAUACUACUUAAAAGGAAAAAUAAACAAUGAAUUACGCAUUACAAAAA